UCGAUUUUUUGUUUACUAAAUGAUAAUAAUAGUUACAUAUGAUUUCAAAUACUUUCUGCAAACUUUCAGGACAUGUUGUAAGAACAUGUCUCACCGACAGUGCACAAUUCUUCUCAAACGUUGCAAGUAGAACCGCCCAAAACAAAGUCUCAAGUUUUUCCGUUAACAACAAAACUUUUGUCCGAAUCAAAACAAAAUACAAAACUAAGAUGACAGAUGAGUGGUUGCAGAUUGGGAACUAUUCAGUUUUUCCAUGGUCAAUUUCAGGAGUAGAAACUUGUGUUGUCAUUAAAACCAAUGGCCCCACACUCACAUUUGAUUUGGGAUAUUCAUGUAGAAGCAGUGUGUCCAGCAAUUUAGUCUUCUUCAGUCAUGGUCACAUGGAUCAUAUAUCUGGUAUUGCACAACAUGCAGCAAAAAGGUCAUUAUAUGGUAUGAAGCCAGCUAAAUACUACUCUCCUGUCCAUUUAGUAGAACCACUUAACUCACUAUGCAAGAUGUAUGGCAGUAUUGCAGGGAAUAUUCCGGAACUGGAAAAGAUGAAUAUAAUUCCAGCUCCAGUGGGAGAAGUUAUAAAUCUGCCAAGUGGUCUUAAAAUAAAACCUUUUCCAACAACACAUCGUUGUCCAAGCCAGGGUUAUAUGAUGUACCAGAAUGUUAAGAAUUUAAAGGAAGAAUUUGUUGGAAAGCCUAGUCAGGAGAUAGCACAGUUGGUCAAAAGUGGAGUACAGAUUCAUGAUGAAUAUGAUGUACCAGAACUAGCAUAUACAGGUGACACAACAUUUGAUGUUUUCACAAAUCCGCCAACAGAAGAUCUCUUCAGAGUUAAACUGUUGAUAACUGAGGCCACCUACAUAGAUCAAGAACCAGGCAAAGAUCAAAUUCAGAAGGCCAGAGGUCGAGGACAUAUGCAUUUACAAGAAAUUGCUGAUAAUGCUGAUAUGUUCAAAAAUGUUGAAAAUAUAUUACUGAUACAUUUUUCUGACAAAUACUCAACAAAAUAUGUUCAAGAAACUGUAAAGAAAACAUUACCAGAUUCAAUAGUGAAUAAGGUUCAUAUAGCAACAAUUGCAAAAGAAAUAUACGGGUAACUUAAAAGCUUUAACAUUUUUUAUGCCCUUGCUAGUGAGGAUAGGACAUCCUUUUUUACAAACACUUACUUAUAGCCUUAUUAUGACUGUUGGACUGAAAUAAAAUUCAUGUAAUAACAA